AUUAUUAUUAUUAUUAUUAUUAUUGUUUGUAUUUUUCCUUUAUCUUUUUUUAGCUUAUGUUGUUGUCUCUUCUCCCUGCUUAUUACUAGUAUUAAUUAAUUUAACAUAUGAAUUGCACAUUGCACUUGUUAGCGCGCGCAGCAGCAGAAAGAAUGUCGUUCUUGUACUGAGGGGUGACAUUUUUUGUCGCUUUUGAAUCAAACGACAUGUGCACCUAUAAAAAAAUUAUGAGAUGAGUUCAGACAGACACUUGAGCUAAUAGAGCUAAUACUUGGACACAGACAUUUAGCUAAACACCUCUAACAAAAGGAAUGAUCCGGAAACAGGCCAGAGAACGAAGAGAAUAUCUCUACCGGAAAUCAGUAGAGUUACAAGAAUCGACCCUUACAGAAAAGAGACGACAAUUAAAGGCCGCAUUAGCAUCAGGGAAACCCUUAGCGAAAGACAUUGCUGAAGAUGAACAAUUACAGAAAGAUUUCAUAUAUGAUGAAAGUGAACAAGCACAAAUAGAUGAUGAGUAUGCUGCACUUAGUGGUAUAGCCGAUCCCAAAUUAGUCAUCACCACAUCUCGAGAUCCCAGUGUUAAAUUAUUACAGUUCUCUAAAGAGAUGAAACUCUUAUUCCCUAAUAGUCUUAAAUUGAAUAGAGGGAAUUAUGUGAUUCCUGAAUUAGUUCAAACAUGUAAUAGAGUAAGCAUUACUGAUUUAGUAAUUCUUCAUGAACAUAGAGGGGUACCUACAUCCCUCACUAUAAGUCAUUUCCCUCAUGGACCAACAGCUAUAUUUACUUUACAUAAUGUUAAAUUAAGACAUGAUUUAGCUAAUUUAGGUAAUAUGUCCGAAUCCUAUCCUCAUUUAAUAUUUGAAAAUUUUACAACAAAAUUAGGUAUGCGAGUACAACAGAUUCUUAAGCAUUUAUUUCCUCCCGGAGUUAAGAAGGAUCAAGGAAGUCGAGUUAUAACAUUUAUAAAUAAUGAUGAUUUUAUAAGUGUGAGACAUCACGUGUAUGUCAAGACCAAAGAUGGUGUAGAGUUAAGUGAAGUAGGUCCUCGGUUCGAAAUGAGACUCUACGAAUUGCGUUUAGGUUUACCAGAUAAUAAAGAUGCGGAUGUGGAAUGGCAACUCCGUAGAUUUAUACGUACAGCCAAUAGAAAAAACUAUUUAUAGAUUAUAAUAAAUAAG